GGAGAGAGACACAAUGGCUGCCUCCAGGAUUCUUCUUGUCCUGCUUUCUAUAUCCCUGCUGGCCCUGACCUCAGCUCAAAGGGACAAUGAAGAUGAUGAAAUUUCUUCUCAAGAACAAGAAGACUUUGAAGGAGGAGACUCCAACCAACAACUUGGUGAUAUACAUGCAGGGCUAAAUGAAAAGAAACACUUUCAAGAUCAACUGAAUGAGCAUGGUAAGGUGGCCAUCAAGUCCAAGAAAGGGAAGAAUGGCCAACGUGGUAGACGAAGCUCUGGUGGUGACAGCUUGGAUGGCCAGGAUCGUCAGGGUGGAAGUCAACCAGGAAGAGGUGGCCAAGGAGGCCGUGGUCGCAGUGCCCAAAAAGGCCAGAAUGGCCAGAAAGCAAAAGGUGGCCAGAAUGGCCAGAGAGGAAAAGGUGGCCAGAAAAAGCAACGCGGAAGAGGUGGUCAGAGAAACCAGAAUGAGAAUGAUGCAGAAUUCUUCCAGGAGUAA